GAUUCUCCCAAUGUAAACAUUGCGAAAACGUCUCUUGUUUCCAAACAUCCCAUUUCGGCGUGUUUUGCCACUGUCCGUGUCAGAGAAUGGACUUGGAAAACAUCCAACCAUAUUACUUCGGAGAUAUCAGCUGCUGGUCCGAGAGAACCGAGGUCCACAAGGCGGCGUCGCUCGGUCAGGCUUCCCAUCUGCAGCACCUCAUCCAGUGCGGCGCAUCUGUCAACAUCGUGGCCGUGGACUCCAUCACUCCUCUGCACGAGGCCUGCCUGCGCGGACAGGCGCAGUGCGCCCGGUUGCUUCUGGACGCCGGAGCACAGGUGGAUGCGAGGAAUGUGGACGGCAGCACCCCGCUGUGUGAGGCCUGCUCUGUGGGCAGUUUGGAGUGUGUGAGGCUCUUGCUGGAGCGAGGCGCCAAGGCCAACCCUGCCCUCACCUCUCGCACUGCCUCACCCCUCCAUGAGGCCUGCAUGGGAGGCAACUCGGACUGCGUGAAGCUCCUGAUUGCUGAGGGCGCCUGUCUGGAGGCCUACGACCUUUACUACGGGACCCCGCUGCAUGUAGCCUGUGCUAACCAACACACGCGCUGUGUGAAAGAGCUUCUAAAUGCUGGUGCCAAAGUGAACGCGGCCCGGCUGCACCAGACGGCGCUGCACCACGCCGCAAAGAGCGCGCAAGUGGAACUGAUCGAGACCCUCGUGGACUUCGGCGCCAACAUUUACGCCCGGGAUAAACACAACAAGAAACCCGUCGACUACGCCACGCCGGACUCUCCGGCUGCAGCUUGCCUGCGCUCUCACGAGGCCAUUCCCAUGAGCCUCCAGCAACUCUGCAGGUUGGCAGUGCGACAGAAGCUGGGCACCAGGGCUCUGAAGGGGCCUGCUGUGCUUUGAGAAGUAAGCGUGAAUAAUGAAGAAGAAGAAGAAAAAAAGAAGAAGAAAAGAAGAAGAAGAAGGAGAAGGAGCCUCGCUUGCCUGCUGGACCUCGACUGGACUCUUCAUGCUGCUGUUUGCUGUCAAGCUGGUGGCCAACGUUAGCGGCUCUGCCGCUAAGAAGGCGUUUAUGUGUAUAGUCUGUACAAGGAUGUCUACAGAUCAUCAGGGGGCACAACGCAGAAGGAGGCGAGGUAAGGAACAGUUCCUAUUGCAUAAUCUAAGAAUGUGCUUCAUUGACAAUAGUUCAUCGGUACAGGUCACAUAACAAUUUGGCCUCGAGGUAGCUAUCCAUAAAUUGCCUCAUCUGUCAGUGUAGUGCAUUUCUUGUCAUUACUGUCAGUGCUGUAGAGAAUGUGGUGUUUUUGAUUGACUGACAUCUCAUGCUAUAUGUGGUUUUAUUGCAAUGUGAACAUGUCUCGCAAAGAAAAUAUUUGAUUACAUGUCAAAUGUUUUUUUAGCUUGAUGUCAUGCUCUUUAAAGGUUGAGUGAAUUUUGGCUUAACAUGAUGGUUAAAGUAACGCGAUGUGACAAACUGUAUCAACAACCAAGAUGUCUUGUGUGUAGGUACAAAUGCACAGUCCAAUAGAAGGGCUACAUAAAACAGGUAUCAAAAUGUUAUUUGCAUUAAAUGUGGCAUUUUUAAAAUCUGUAUCACACUUUGCUACAUUUGAAAUAUGUUACUGAGUAAAAUGUGGUUUUAUCAUAAAAACGCUAGGAAAAAAUGUAUACAGAAAAUACCCAAAGCAUCUAGUAAAAUCUCCAUGAGAGAAAAAUAUACGUGACGUGUUGAUCAGAAAGCUGUGUUUGCCUGCAGAGACUGAGCUAGCAACAACAUUGUAAACAACAAAUCUGUGCAAGGAUGUUAAGGUGAGUUAAAUAUUAUAAUUGUGGCUAUUGUAUAGUUAGCUAGGAUGUUUGUUUAAUUUUGCAGAGUGAUAGCUAGCUUUUGGAACCUGGCAUCUCAUAAAUAUGACUUGAAUUAAUGUAGCCUAAAGCCAGGAGGUCGACUAAACCAAGAUUUUUGUUUUCAUUAUUCAAUUUUAUGGUAUUUUAGAGCCUCAAGCUAAGUAGUGUAAUAAUCAAACUGGACUUAGAUGUGACCCAUGAGGAAUGCCACAUUUUCUGGAAUUUAUCACAAAUGUAUGUUUUGUAUGAAACCUGUUAUUCACAAACGACGCAUCUACUGGAGCUGGAGGCCUUUGAGUGACAUUGUGGCUACAAGGAAGCAAGCCUUGGAAGUACCAGAAUCGCCAACAAGCAAACUAAAUAAGUAAUGCAAAAUUCAAGUUCAAUUGCUGCUUUGAUUUAAUAGAAAAUACAGCAAAUAAUACUGUAAAGACAGUUUAAGAUAGAAUUACAGUAGAGCAGGGGAAAGUAGAAACUGUUGUAUGCUUGGAGUUGAGUAUGACCUGAUCCCUUUGAUUUGAUUUGAAAAGAUUU